AUGCACCGGGCGACCGAGAGACGAUGGGUGAACUUCUUCCUCUUCAUGUUGGUGUCGGCGGUGGUAUUUCAGCUGCUAGGCUUUGUGUUACCCAACUGGCUGCGCGCACAUUUCAUGUGGAGUCGGAGGCGAGCGGCUCAGGACUACGCGCUAUGGUACGUGACGCAGUGUGAGGGCGUCAACUGGACGUGCACCAUUCGUUCCUAUCACCGCCUGUACGACUGGACCCGCGGAAAGUACAUCUUUGACGGCAUAGAGCUCUUGCUGGAUGCAGAUAUAGUGGCAUCAGCCCAGGUGCUUUACACGUUGGGUCUGUUGCUCCUCCUGGUGGCAUUCCUGCCCCUUACGGUGCGCCGAAGGCUAAUCGUCUCCAAGCGCACCAAAGCCGACCCCGCCAACUACGGUCUUCUUACAGUCGCUGGUUUCGCUUUCUUCUCCGGCCUAUUUGUGAUGAUUGCCGCCGGAAAAAUGGGUACAGCGAGUGUAGAGCACCGGAACGGACGUGGCGCACCUGUCGCCCUGGGGUUUGCUGCCGCAGGUGGAGCCAUCGCUCUCAUGACAGGCAUAUUCGUCCUAAUGCGGGUGUUCCUGAAGGGCUACUGUCCUGACUGCACACCGGUGUCACGUGACAUAGACAUGCACGAAACAACCAAUCAGGUGGAUGUAAUGGUGUCAACGGAAAAAACGGAUGUCCUCCGUCGCCAAAGCGACCCGAUUCCGUAGACAUCCAAGUUACUUAAGAACUUCAAGGCACGGUGCAAACCAUGGAAAAGGAUAAACAAGAUACACAAGAUUACCACAGUUCAAUAGCAAAUACUUGGAAAACGAGACGUGUACUUAGCCAAGCCUACUCUGUUCAUAUGAACUUUUAUAUUCCAUAUUUAACGGAUACCUACAUAUAAUACAUACUUUGCCUUUACAUGUAUAUAGGCUAUGUCAUGUAAUCAGAAAAAACAAGAAGACCGUGCGUUUUUCUCUACGAAAUUUCAAUAUCAGAAACCGCAGACAUUUAUAUUCAUCGAUUUGUCGCAGGGAGGAGGACUGAUGUUUAAGUAAUGAGAAGGAAAUCCUAUCGUAAGACGGAGGAUUAGA